AUGUGGAACGAAGUGAGUGAUGCGCAGAUUUUUGUUUUUGACCGUGCAAAGACCAUGUUAGAUGAUUGGAAUUCAGCAAAAUUCAUACAGGGAGCUUCAUCUACCCAUCAACAACCAGAGCGUAUUGUGAAAUGGGUGAAGCCAAGUCCAGGUCGAUUUAAAUGUAAUAUUGAUGCAUCUUUCUCAGAGGCUUCAAAUAUGGUUGGAAUAGGAAUGUGUAUCAGAGAUGAAAAUGGUACAUUUGUUCUGGCUAAGCAAGAAUUUUUUAGUCCCAUUUGUGAGGUGCACAUUGGAGAAGCUUUAGGGCUCUUGUCGGCUCUAGAUUGGGUGCAUAAUUUAAAUUUAGGACCCGUGGAUUUUGAGAUGGAUGCUAAGAGAGUGGUUGAUAGUUUCAAUUCCCGAAAUUGCGAUGUCACGGAAUUUGGGAGUAUAAUUGAGCAUUGUAAAUCUCUUUGUAGUAUUUUCUAUGAAAACUCACGUGUCGAGUUUGUGCGGAGACAAGCAAACGAGGUUGCUCAUAAUUUAGCAAAAGCGGCCUUGUUAUCAGCUAGUUUCCAAAUAUUGGUAGAAAUACCAUAUUGUAUUGAACACAUUUUGAUGAAUGAAAUGCAAUAA